AUGAAAAUCAUAUUUCGGUUUGUCCUGCUUCGCCGUCCGUUCGCAAGAAGCCUGAAUAAACUUCGCAGUGGGAGUACACGAUGGAAGGAGACUAAACCCAAACGCGACCUCAACUGCAUGCACUCUGGACGUGGUGGUAAUUGUGUGCUGAGCGACAACGGCCUAUUUACCCACUUCAGAAAAUUUCGAAUGAAGGGUUUGACUGCGAGUGUUGAUGUGGGAACAAGUGCGUUGUUGUCAAGUGCCAUAUUGACGUGUGAGGUGGAUGGUGAACCAGUGGAUAUGGUGAAGGCCUUGGCGUCUUUGUCACCUUGUAACAGAAGGACCAAAUUGAUGGUAAAAGGCUUCAAGCUUCUAGAACAAGUCCCGGACCUCGUAAUCGGAAACCCCGACGUCGAGCAUGUGGAGCUGUCAACAGAAAAGCUGGAGGCGUUGGAGGCGGAUGUUCUAAAAAACAGUAGUUUGUGUCAUGAAAUUCUCUCUGCGGUUGCUCGCUCUCUGCAUGCCAUCGGCCAAGUGGCUCAAAUACACCCGGAGACAUGUGGUGUUUCGAAGGAACUGGGGAAUAGUAUCCGCAGGUGGGUCCAUUACCAUGGGCGAUGGGACGAGCACAUUACGUUUCCGCCAACGAAGGCCACUAGAAUUGAAGAUCUGAAGUUCUUUCUAGGACUUCUGAUACGUCAUCCAGGAAAACAAGUGAUGCACGUGGCUGUACCAAUGAUGCAACAAUGCAACCCGGAGGCGGUCUUGCCUAGCGCGUGGCAAAUAGCUAGGGACCGCAUUGAUGAACAGGCUUUCAGGAGCGGCACAAACAUGAGUGUUGCCUCAGCGACGACCAUAGAUGACUACAAACAGAGAAUGGGAGACUUGGCCGUUCGCUUUAGGGGGGACCGAAGCAUUCCCCUCAAGAAAGAGACCUCUGGCGCUUCUGGGUCAGGAGAAGAGGAGUGGCCAAUAUCCGUUCCUGCCUGGUCGGGGCAAUCCGGUGUGAAUACAAAAAACGAUCACCACCCGCCUGAGUAG